AUGUCGAAAUCUGUGGCGGUUUUUCUUGCUCAGGGUACUGAGGAGAUGGAAUUCUCCAUCACGUACGACGUGCUCGUACGUGGUGAGGUAAAGGUCACCUCGGUCUAUGUACCUGCUGAUGGCCAGCCUUCGUCGCCACCCGACGGCUACGUUGUGGCCUCGCGUGGUGUGAAGAUUGUGCCCGACACAACUCUGGAGGCCAUGAUGGCACAAGGCGGCCUUGCCCCCUACGAUGGUGUAGUUGUCCCGGGUGGUGCAGGUGGUGCUGAGAUUAUCUCGAAGAAUGCAGCGGUGCAGAAGCUUCUGCAAGAAGCGAUGUCACAGGGCAAGAUCGUCGGAAUGAUCUGCGCUGGCUCGUUGGCGGCGCUCGAGGCCCAAAUCGGCCUGGGUGGCGCUAUUACCAGCCAUCCGUCUGUGGCAGAAAAACUCCAGGCUUCGUACGACUACAAGGAGCAGGCUGUAGCUACAGCUAACAACCUUGUGACCAGCCGCGGACCCGGUACGACAUUCCCCUUCGCUCUUACGUUGGUGGAGAAACUGGUCGGCGCUGACGUGCGCAAGAAGAUUGCGCCACCCAUGAUGCUGGCUCAGGAGCAUUUGUAA